UUUCUGACAAGAACUGUCCUCAGUAUCUGGAUAAACCGUUAGCUGUUGUGACAAUUCCAACACAGAAUAAACCAGAUGACCAAGAGUUCAGCAGAGGCAUUGUAAGGUGCUGUAUUCAGGCUAGUCAUUUCACAACGGACACAGUAGAAUUGAAAGAGUUGCAGAGAAAAGCUAGAAGGAAAGCUAAAGCAUUAAAGCUGGGUCCAGAAGCAUUCAAAUUUGAUGGUGGCGUAGAGGCGGUGGCAGUGCGGCAAAAUGAGAAGUAUUACAUCCUCAGACCAGAGGUGAUUGAGACCUACUGGUAUAUGUGGAGAUUCACCCAUGAUCCCAAGUACAGGCAGUGGGGCUGGGAGGCAACACAGGCAAUUGACAAGUAUUGCCGAGUCAGUGGUGGCUUUUCUGGUGUCAAAGAUGUCUAUUCCUCAUCUCCUACAUAUGAUGACGUACAGCAGAGCUUUUUCCUUGCUGAAACUUUGAAGUAUUUGUAUCUGCUUUUCUCCAAUGAUGACCUUCUACCAUUAGACAACUGGGUUUUUAACACAGAAGCUCAUCCUCUGCCUGUUCUACAUUUAGCCAAUACUACACUGUCAGGAAAUCCUGCAUAUCGAUAAAAACAGCUCUGUGAAGAGAAAGAGAGACUGUUUUCAGCUCUGUUUUGUUUACAUGGACCACUUCAGACUUUAAGCAGGAGAGGAGACAGACACUUGAUAAAACUGGACCUCUGAGUCAAGCAAGUACCGUUGUGAGAAACAAAGCUCUUCAAUACAGAGAUAAGUUAAAACUGAAAAACAAGUUCUGUUUUAUACAUGACCAAAACAUGUUAGUGUGGUAUUUGCAGGACAGAGACUUCAUGAUAUUUUGAACCCUAACAAGACAUGGAAUCUGCUGUUCAAUAUAAACACAGCAGCAUAAGGAAGAAGAGGCUUUCCCAUCCAGGGAGAGGAACUUGCUGCUGGUGCUGUUGACUGUUGCAAGGAGCAACACACCAGUCACCUCUUCAGAUCGGGUGGGUUCCAAAUACCUAGAUUUUAUUUUUCUUUUUUUUUGUUUGUUUUGUUUGUUUGACAAUGGCACGAACAAAGCAACAACAAAAAGCAACAUCACUGUACCAGCAGCAUCAGGAUUUGAAUUUUUUUCUGUACCU